CUGGCGUGCCAGGUUCACUGUACCCACUGCCAACGGCAGGAUUAGCUGCUUUCUUUUUCUGCGAGUCGUGGGCAGGAUAAUAUGACGAGCUUCGCCCGGUGCGAGCGCACAUAACCCGGAGGUCUUUGGGAGUGGUCGCAACAAACUAUAAAACUGCGAAGAGUAGUAGCUGGCGCAAAAGCGACGACACAGCGUUUUCGCGAUAACGUGUUUGACACGGGCUGACGACAUUGUUUGCCAGUUUUUCGCCAGGAAACGAGUCUAUAGGUUCGGCUGCGCCGAGGCGACGCCGGCAUGUUUUAGAGGCGAUUUUCGACGUGUGCCUUUUUGCUGGACGUAGCUAACGACCCGACGUUUGCACUUCGGUCGUUAAUUUGUUAGUCGAGAAACGCUCUGCAGAUUUUUGCAAAUAUUGCCCAAGGUGUGGUGUAAGAGAAUCGUGGAGCGAGGUUGGAUCGCCGACACAACCAUUGUCUGAAUUUCUGGCUUCCGUUUGCACGUCCAGAUCACAAUGAUGCUACACUACGUGAGCUCCUGUAUUCUACUGUGCUGGCUCGCUUCCCAAGCCGCAGGUCAAGUCGCAUUCGAAUGCGUUCCGGAGGGAGCGAUAACGUUCGAAAAGUACACGAACAAGCGCUUCGCCGGCACCGUAACGCAGACGAGUGAAGACGUCACCGUCGAGGACUGUAUCUCGCAAUGUCGAGCCGACGCCGCCUGCUUCUCGAUCAACUUCGCUCUGGGAUUCCUGCCGACGCUUGGCCAAUGCGAGCUGAUGUCGGAUGCCGGCAGCCGCGGGCAGCUGAGGGAGGUCGCUCUGCCCGGAUCCGACGCCGCUUAUUACAUAGCGAAGAUAUGCGUGAGAGCUUCUGACGUCUGCGGCAGGCCGUGGACGUUCGACAUCGUCCUGAGGCAGCAACUGGACGUCGUCGACAAGACGGUGAACGCCAUCAGCCGCAUGGGCUGCUUGGAGGCGUGCCUGGAAGAGUCAGACUUCACGUGUCGAUCGGCUUCGUACAACAACCCUGCGCAGGAGUGCACGCUGUCGCGUUACGACCGACUGUCGCGGCCAGAGGUCUUCAAGGGCAGCGACGACAUCGACUACAUAGAGAAUCACUGCCUCGCUACCGAUAACCUGUGUGAGUUCCACGCGACGUUCGAACGUUCGGCUCACAGCUUCAUGAUCUCCUUUACGGACAAAAUCAUCAACGACGUUCCAUCGCUCAAGGCCUGCCAGAACCGCUGCCAGAACGAGCAGGCGUUCAUAUGUCGCUCCUUCAACUGGAUAGCGCCCAGGGGAAUCUGCCAGCUCUAUCACAACACGAAGGCCACCGUGCCGGCAUACUUUCGCACCGUGCCAUCGCUGAACUCGCAGGUCGAAUUCAGAGAGAUUGUGUGUCUGGAAAGUUCACGCGCGUGUGAUCGACCAUUCGUCUUCGAACGAGUCGACAAAGCCAGACUGGCCGGCAACGACGAGAAACUACUCACGGGUAUGACCGUACCGAUGUGCCAGGACGCGUGUCUCAACGAACGCGAGUUCGUCUGCCAGUCGUUCGAUAUCGACCCGGACAGCGGCGACUGCUAUCUGAGCCCUGAGUCGAGACACAGUCUGAGACAGCCCGUAGAGGACGACGCAACGUAUGACUACUACGAGAACAACUGCGUCCCGCGAGGUCCUACAAACUGCCAAUACGAGUCGGAGCCCGGUCGGCUUCUUCGUUUCUACAACGACCUUAUCUUGGAGGAUGUAGAUUUAGAGGAAUGCCGGACAAGAUGCAGCGUUGAGACCGCUUUCAUCUGCCGCUCCUUUGAGUAUAUGAGUGGUACUCGAGCCUGCUUCCUUAGCACGGACAACCGUAUCUCAGAAGGAGCCUACAUCGCUCGAAGCACUGACGUCGAGUACUUUGAGAAGACCGUCUGUACUGAGGAGGCUGGAAUUUUCACGAAUUGCCGCGAUGGCGCCAUUGUAUUCGGCCAAGUCGCCGACCAGCCAUUCCACGGGCAAGCUGUACGCAAAGGGCGCAGCAAGACCUGCUUCAAACAGAUCGAGAAACGAACUGCGAUUCGAAAUGGAGAUCCCGCUGAACAGCCCGAGUGCAACACAGUGCAGAAGCCCGUUUUCACGAAUUGCCGCGAUGGCGCCAUUGUAUUCGGCCAAGUCGCCGACCAGCCAUUCACGGGCAAGCUGUACGCAAAGGGCCGCAGCAAGACCUGCUUCAAACAGAUCGAGAACGAACUGCGAUUCGAAAUGGAGAUCCCGCUGAACAGCCCCGAGUGCAACACAGUGCAGAAGGAUGUCGGCGUAUUUGUCAACACGGUUGUCGUGCAGCAUCACCCCAUGCUGGUGACAAAGCAGGACAAAGCUUACAGAGUUGCGUGCCGCUACAAUACUCUUGAGAAGACGAUAAGCAACGGGCCAGUGAAUGUCAGCAUGAUAAAUCUGCUAGGAGAUCUGGAGGCCCGCCUCGCGCCCGGUCCGGUCAGGAUGACCAUACUGGACAUCACUGGACAGAGAAUGAGCAUAGCUGCGAUAGGUGACUCUGCGCGGAUGAGACUCGAAUUCCAACAGAAUGAAGAGGCAUUCGGCAUGUUUGCUCAUUCGUGCAAAGCAAACACAGGCGGACGGGGAAUGAUGUUCAUGGAGGUAGAAAUCAUUGAUUCAGAAGGGUGCCCAACGGAUCCGGCUGUGUUUCCCGGAUUGCAACCGGAUGGAAAUCGAUUGAUAUCCGAUUUCAAAAUGUUCAAGUUCGCUACAAGCUCGGUUGUGUUCUUCAACUGCCAAAUUAGAUUCUGCAAAGGACCCUGCCCACCGGCGAUAUGCCCCUCUGGCGAGAGCGGCUUGGGAAGAAGGAGAAGGAGAGAGAUCUACAAAGACCCGAAUGAAGUCGAAGUGCCAGAUACUGAAAUUACGACUCAUAUAACAGUUUUAUCUGAUGAGGACGAUGCGUACUUUGAUAGAUAUAGAUAUUCAAGCGACUCUGUCAGCGAAGAAGGAGCUACGACUUCGCGAAAAGCAUCUCACUGUGUGGCACAGAGCAAGGCUAUCAUCGUAGCCUCUCUACUAGGCGUUAGUCUGGUCGUCUUCUUCAGUCUGCUAGCGCUUUGCAUUUUUCGCCAAUGCAAACGGCAGCACGAGUAAACCAACGCCCCCUAUAGAUUAACGACUAUAUACGCCUUCUACCGGCGAGUUAUAUGCGCGUAAUCGGGUCUACGUUAGCGUUUCGACAGCUAGAAAUCUCUUGGAUUACAGAAAAAGCGCAGAAACGUACACCCGAUUUAAGGAAAGAUUCAUAUAACUAGAGUCACAAUCGAGUUCUGCUCACAUUUAGCUGGCUUUCUGUGGGGUUUAACAUCCGUGGCUGUGACGUCGCCGUGCGGCUGUAUUACACACGAAUAGUCACGCGAUUAUUUGCGCAAUACAAACGUUUUGAAAACUCGAAAGCUACGCGUCGUAUGUUACUAGUUACAAAUCGAGGCCCGUGUCAACUUUUAAUGCCAAUUAAGAUUAAAUAUGAUUCGUGUAGCGUAUGAACCACAUACUGUAUGUACGCUGUACUUGCUAAGUAUAACCACGGCUCUUGAGGGUUACUCCGUCAACAAAGGCGGUUCAAGGCGGUUCACCGAAAUGCGGCGUCGAAUUCACGGGUUUUUUUUCCAUCCGAGACGCCCGCCGUUCAACACGAAAAAAAACUCGAAUUACAAACUGUCUGUAGAAAUCGUCUUGCUUCUUAAAUCGUGCUAUUAUGCCGAGGCGCUGACAGCCGACACCUUUAUAAAUCGUGCAACGCCCAAUCGUACGAUCGCCAGGUAACGGCCUUGAUCCAGCCGAAACGCGUGAGCAAGCCAGCCAGCGCACGUGCCUCGAUUUAUUUUCUCGGAUAAUAUAAAGGGUCAGUCGGGCUUAAUAACUAAUAACGGGUCACCUUAAACUCGUAAACGUCGAUAAUUGCCACCAACCAUAAAUAGCCGCAAGAACUCGUCGUGAUCAAACGGUAGAUGGCGCUCGCUUACCGACGAUAUAUGGGCGUUUGUCGUACAUAUGAAGACCAUAAUUCUCCCUUUUCGCGACGUGCCGACACUAGAUGGCGGCACCGUCGGAAAUCGGUCCCGGGCUUCUCUUGCAGAGUAGGAAACCCCUAAAAAGCGAUGCUUCGCCGAGUGCUAAAGCCAAUCACAGAAACUAUUAGAGAAAAGCCAUAAAGAUACGACUAACGUAAUUCAGGGCGUUUGCCUAUGUAGUCCUCGUGACGUUGUAAAAAAUAAUUAUAUCUUGUCAACGUCUGACUAACUUCUGUGCGGGCACAGGCUCCUGUAUCGGGUCUCUCUCCAGUACUUUAUUUCUUACAGCGGAGAUCCGAUAUCCUUAUCGCUCAUCCUAACACAUGUACCUAUUCCUGAUAUUUUUGCUGAGAAGCAGUGUUCUCGCUCCUCGCCUGCCUACAGGUCGAUAUCAGAUUAAACAGAUUGUACUUUAGAUUGUAAAAUAACGAUAUAGAUUGCUUUAUUUACCUAUUCUGAUGAUGAUACUUGAAAGAGAUAUUAUAUAUAGAUUUACCCUAUCCUGAUAAAUGAUAUCGAUACUUUUCACUAUUUAAAUAUCUCGUUUUUUAUCGAGUACUGUAUCGACAAAACAUUUUGAUGAUCUCUGGACAGACACUUUCGUGUCCGUUCUAUUUCACUGUCAUUACAUAACAUGUGCGAGUUCAUAACAAAUCGCCUUAUACGUACUAUUGGUAACACCAAUAGGUAACACUAGAAAACACGCAUUGAAACCGUGAAAUUUUCUCCACGUGUUUAACUAUGAAGUUUGGUUUUAAAAAGGGAGAUCUUAUUCGCGCGUUCCAUGUUUUUAUCCCAUGCGUCGAUUCCAUGACAUUCAGGCUAUUAUUUGAGCGGCAUUUAUUUGCUGUUUUUCUAAUGGAAGAUUUUAAAAUAUCCGAUCGAAUAUUUUAAGGAUACGCAAGAAUUCGAAUGGGUUUCCAAUAUCAGCCAUUAGAAUAAACAUCAACAAUGUCAUAAAUUAUAAAUACGGUCGGACUAUCCUACACUCAAUACUGCAAUUUUAAACAUAAAAACGCUAAAAUUAUGAUAUCAUGAACCGUGCAACAAUCAGGUUUAUUACUAACGUGUACCCUAUGUUCAGUAGGUGCUAAAGGCGUCCCGUGCUACGACAAUAAAGAGACGAAGAACACAGUAGUUGACCUUCUCUGUAGUUAGUUUGGUCUAGUUCGCUUGUUCUUCCAUUAAUCACUCACAGACUUUAUCAUCCCCCCUUAAUACAAUCACCGCCGGUGUUGUGAGAUUGCUGUAACAGAAGAAAGUCAACAUCCUGACAUGUGACGUGUCCGUCUGUGAAAAAUGAACAAUGAAUCAAAUAUAUCUCAAAUUAUAAUAACAAAAUGUUUAUGUACCGUAAACUGGCAGGAUGAUUCUGAUAGGAAUUAAUGCUUUACUAAGCAUUGGCUAUAGUGCCAUCGAGAUCACAAUUUCUAAAUACCUGUCAAAUGGCGAGUACACUAAAAGGUGAGAGUAAAUGGUAUCUGUGAUUACACCUCCUGUUACUUAUUCAGGCAUAAUAAUCAAGUCUGUAAAAAUGCAGGUCUGUAUAGAUGCGCGACAUGUGAUCAAAUACUCACGCAGGAUGACGGUUAUUUAUAUCUGUCCUGUAUAUGAAACAUCUUUGAUGUUUCAUAUUGCAUUUGCUGUAUAUACCAAAAUUAUAAGUAUGGUGCGUAGAUAAACCUAGCAUACUUCAUAAUUAUGUAAUAUUAUGUAUAAUAAUAUUGAAUAUUAGUAUACAUAAUCACCGACAAUAACGAAGUUUAUGCGGUGAAAAUAAUAGUAUAUUUUUUAUAGUUGUAAUCACUUGUAUUUACCAUUAAGCUAAGUGUUCGUCAAUACUUUAAGAUUUAUCUUGCAUGCUUCAAUUUCCUGAACGUGCAAGCAACGCCGUAACCACGUCUUCUCCGGCAUUAGAACCUUGAAUCGCAUUUUAAAAUGUUAUGAUGAAAUCAAAAUAUUUGUAUAGCAACAUCGCAGUUGUGUCAUAAUGGUAAACUAUCACGUUUGUAAACUGUAACUUGUACAAACUAAAUAAACGUGCAAGUGUACUAUAAUAUUCUAA